CUCUCCAACACUGCUAUCGGUAUAAUUAUAAGCCAAUUAAAUUCAUCAGUAUUGAUCUUCUCAGUUUCAGAAAAAUACAGGCAAAACAAAUAUAUAAUGGAAGUAGAGCAAGUCCUCCACAUGAAUGGUGGUGUCGGCCAAACUAGCUAUGCCAACAACUCCUCUCUUCAAAAAGUGGUGAUAUCAACUGCGAGACGAACACUGGAAGAGAGCAUUACAGAUCAAGUUUAUUGUAAUAAAGUAGUCUUCCCAGAGUGUCUCAAAAUAGCAGACUUGGGCUGCUCUUCAGGCCCCAACACACUGACUGCGGUGUCUUAUAUUUUGGACAUUAUUGAAGCCACUUGCCAAUCCUUGAACAUGAACAAGUCACCAGCUUUUCAAGUUUUCCUCAACGAUCUUCCUGGGAACGAUUUCAACGCCAUCUUCCGAUCCUUUUCGAGCUUCUAUGAGCGGCUUAAGAAAGAAAAGGGUGACAAGUUUGGACCCUGCUUCAUCACAGCCAUGCCAGGGAGUUUCUAUGGGAGGCUUUUUCCUGACAAUUCUAUGCAUAUUGUUCACUCUUCUUACAGUUUGCAUUGGUUGUCGCAGGUUCCAAAGGAGUUGGUGAAUAACAUAACCGGAGAAGCACAUAACAAAGGAAAUAUAUACAUUUCGGAGACAAGCCCUCCUGUGGUGUUCAAAGCAUAUUUGAAUCAAUUUCAAAAGGAUUUCAUAAAUUUCAUAAGAUAUCGUUCAGAGGAAAUAGUCCCUGGAGGUAUCAUCGUAUUAACAAUCAUCGGCAGUACUAAGAGUGAUUCUCCUAAGAGUAUUUGGGAAAUACUAGGAAGGACACUAAAUGACAUGGUCAAAGAGAAUAUAAUUGAAGCCGAAAGUCUGGACAACUUCAACAUGCCAUUAUAUUUUCCAAAUGCAGAAGAAGUGAAAAGAGUGGUUCAAGAAGAAGGAUCUUUCUCCGUACAGAAGCUCAAUGCUUUCGAAAUGGCUUGGGAUGCAGGUUUCCCUACUGCCCAAGAAGACGAUAACACUAAUAAUGAAAAGCAUAAGAGAGGGAAAUAUGUUUCUGAUUACAUGAGAGCAGUUGCAGAGCCUAUUUUGGUGAAACAAUUUGGAGAAACUAUAAUGGAUGAAUUAUUUAGUAGGUUUGCAGAAAAGAUCAUUGAGUCCAUGGCCCAAGAGAAAUGGCAGUACGUGAACUUAGUUAUUUCUUUGACGAAGAAUUAGUCAACUACAAAAUCUACAAUUUGGAGAAUUUGCUAGCUAGCUACUUAAGGAUUUGGUAUUGAAUAAUUUGUUGGGUGUACUUUUUCUAAUAUUUUAAUUGCUUAGUGCUUGUGUGUGCGUAUAUAUUAUUUAAUAAUUGCUAAAUCUAUUAUUUUAAUAUUAAAAUGGUGCCCGUUAUCCUUC